AUUUUUCUUGUGCCAUUGCCGAGUGUAUUAUAAGUAGGCAAUAGGUGUAGCGCGAACGUUAUCUUUUUUUAUUUUGUAUUUUCGUUCACCUUAACGCCCAACGCUGCCCAAAUCGAUUUCCGAUUUUCGUCUUUCACUCCGACGGCGAUCCGGCGUCAACCGAACAUGAGCUGUCUGAUCACCACGAUCGCCCUGGCCACCGCCGUUUUGGCGUCCGCAAGUGCCCAAAGCCACCAACUCUAUGUCCUCAACAGCCCAUCGAAUGUCAAGAUCGGUCAGUCGUCAGUGCCAUUGCGUGCCACCGAGUUGGCCGACGUUGUAUCGUCGACAUUCGGUUUCUCCGUUCCACAUGGAGAAAAAACUUGGAGCAAUAUAAUGAUGGCAGACCCAUUUUCAUUACCUGAAGCUGUAGUUGUCCUUGAAAUACCCGGAUCAAAGAAUCCCGGUUUUGACCUAAAUAAAGUUGACCAUCGUGAUUUAGUUUUGGAUGAACCUUUAAAUGAAGUGUUUGCUACUGUGGAACAUAGAAUGAAAGAGAGACUUGCCAAUAAGGAAUAUAGCAUUAUGCACGGUUCCUUAACCAAUGUUGAAUUUCUUAAAAAUCAAGUAUUCCAUCCAAAUUUUAAGCUUAAUCCUAGUAUUAAACCUCAACUCAUUGAUUCAUAUGAUGAAAAGUAUGCUGUAUUUUUCAAUGAAGUUUACCAUUUACAUCAAUUGGGGCAAGGUGUCAAAGAGAGUGGGUUAAAAAAUAAUGUACCAGAUUUUCAUUGGUUUCAAUUGCAAGGCAUAAAGGCUUUGACUGCUGUCAAUGGAGAAAAUUCAGAAGAAACUAUUGAUGGUCAAAAGGUUUUAAAUGAAGCUAUAUCUACUUUGGUUCAAUCAUACAAUGAAAUUUACAAUAAUGAGGUGUUAAUUAUUGCUAUUACCAACAAUGCAAAAGAAUCACAUAGAAACAAACGUGAACUUAGUGGAGUAGAAAUGGAUCUCAAUGUUGCUGAACCAAUAUCUAAUGAUUUUCCAGUUAUUUUCAAUCUAAUACUGUGGUUUGUUGUAAUAUUCGUCUUUUCUCUUUUAGCCAUAGCAUUGAGUAUUGCCCAAAUGGAUCCUGGUCGUGAUUCUAUUAUUUACCGAAUGACCAGCAAUAGAAUGAAGAAAGAAAACUAAAUGUUCAUAUUGUUCAUAAAAUGAUUUAUAGGUGAACAAAUCAGAGUAUGCAUGUAAUAAUCAUGAAUCGAUUAAAAAGCAACAACAACAACAACAACAAUAAAACUUAAAUUUGGCUUAGAAUCCAUUCCAUUUUGUAUAUAAGUGUUCACAUACUACACAAUUAUUAUGAUUAUUAUACUAAGUUUUUGUUUUAUUUAA